UUAUUCGUAAAGCAUCUGAAGGGAUCAUAAGACCUGGCUCACAUCACCACAGGCGGUGACUUCAACAGCUCCGCAAAACUUGAACAUAGAUGGGCAAUGUUUAGAAGAAAAUCCGGCAGAGCAGAGAGCAUUUCUUGUGUAUAGCGGUACUUACAUGGCAUUAGACCAUUAUUCUUUAGCUAAAGAGACUGGUUAACAGCGGAUAUAUACCACUUUAAAUAAUUUAACCUCAGAAUGCCAAAAAUAAAGGUAGUUAGGUGCUUUUAACAGCUUCGGAGAUAGCUAACUUGGCUGGAAGCAAAAUUUAACGUCAGCUUAACGCUAGUUUUUAGUUAUCGUUAGUUUAUGUUUUUUCUGUUAUUUAUUUAUUUUUUUUUUGGCAAUACAGUAAAUUGACAGUAAACUGUCCUGGCACUUACGUUAUUAUCAGAUUAGCAUUACCACUACCAAAGAGCUAACGUUAAACGCUGCGAUCUCAAGUCGAUUUCCAAGCUGUUUACCUUACACAAAAGACUGUCGCUUUCUUUGGAUCAAAAGGACUAAAUUACUACUUGAAUAAAAACAAACACAGGACAAUAGCUUGACUAUAGUAAGGAGCUGAAUGGCUUCCAUUGUUACAGUGAAAAGCGAGAAGCGACCUGCGGCUGAUUCUCAGGAUGCAGAUUCAAAUGCAAAAAAGCCCAGGAUUUGGGAAACGUCGUCUUUGGAACCAUCAUCACUCAAUCUCUGCCUGCCCCAAAGGAAACUGCUGCCCAGCCUGAAGACCAAGCGAGCCCCCGAGCUUGUCCUGGUGAUUGGUACGGGGGUAAGCUCUGCAGUGGCCCCUCAGGUCCCUGCGCUCCGCUCCUGGAAAGGCCUCAUCCAGGCCUUGCUUGAUGCAGCCAAUGAUUUUGACCUGCUGGAGGAGGAGGAGAGUCGGCGUUUCCAGAAGCACAUGCAGGAAGAUAAGAAUUUGGUGCAUGUGGCCCAUGACCUCAUUCAGAAACUUUCCCCGAGAACAGGCAAUGUGCGAUCCACAUUCUUCAAGGACUGUCUGUACGAGGUGUUUGACGAUUUGGAGUGCAAGAUGGAGCAUGCAGGGAAGCAUCUGCUGCGCUCAGUGCUGCAGUUAAUGGAGAGUGGUGCACUGGUCCUCACUACUAACUUUGACAACCUAUUGGAGAUCUAUGCAGCUCAUCAGGGCACAAAACUGGAGUCUUUGGACUUGACAGAUGAGAAGAAGGUAUUGGAGUGGGCUCAGGAGAAACGCAGGUUAAGUGUUUUGCAUAUCCACGGUGUUUACACCAACCCCAGUGGUAUUGUACUGCACCCUGCUGGCUACCAGAAUGUACUGAGGAACACUGAGGUUAUGCGUGAGAUCCAGAAGCUGUAUGAGACCAAAUCAUUCGUGUUCCUCGGUUGCGGGCGCACAGUAGAUGACACAACCUUCCAGGCUCUGUUUUUGGAGGCAGUCAAACACAAGUCGGACCUGGAACACUUCAUGCUUGUGCGGCGGGAGGAUGUGGGUGAGUUCAAGAAGCUACGCGACAACAUGCUGGACAAAGGCAUCAAGGUCAUCUCCUAUGGAGACGAGUACGCCGACCUGCCUGAGUACUUUGAGAGGCUGGCCAAUGAGAUCUGCAACCGUGAUGUGUCUACCAACGGCUGGGGGUCUCCUUCACAAAAUGGGGAGGAUCAGCAGAAUGUCUUUAACACACAGAAGAGCCUCCUUCAAGGUUAGGACUGAAAGCUUCUUUCUGACAUCAGACUAUGAUUCUUGACAGGCCCACACUGGGGAUCAGUAUCAGUCAUUUUCCUCCACAGCUCCGUCGAGAGAUCGGUCUACUUUUAGUAGUGCUUGAGUGUGAUUUCAGUCAAUGGAUUUAACAAUCCAGGAAUACUAUGGGCCAUGGGAGACCUAAAAGCUGUUGUCAGUGUUUCACAGGUGUCCAUCAUUUUACUUUAUUAGCACUUGUUUAAAAGGGAAAGGAGAAAUUUUAAGUAACUUUCAAUGCCAAUACCCAACCUCAGAGUCUGUACUGUACUGAAGCAUUACUCAACAUUUGGGAAGCUAUAGUAGAAAAGCUUUGCAGAUGAUUUAAUGGCAUGUUCUCACUUCAUCUGUAUGGAGAUAAAAGAUCCGAAUCCACUGAGAGAAGCCAGCUGUGCUUACGUGUGUGGAUUUGAAUCAGCUUGACCUACAUGGCAUGUAAGAGAAGUUCUCAGUGCAAGCUGUAAUGCUCAUAACUGAAAACAGUUGUGUUGAUUCAUAAGGAUUGUUUUUUUUUUAUGCUCAACUCCGAGACCAGGAAAACCUGAUUUGCACACUAUGGGGUGGGGACUGGGUGGAAAUAUUCAGUUAGUCAUAGAUGGUUACCUGGUGUAAACACAUUGUUAUGAUUCUGUCUUCAGUUCAGAAGAGUUCUGUUUUUCCAGCCAGUGGCAAUCACUUUGCCACUCCUGUGCUGAAAAUGUUCUUUGUAAGCCUUUUUUUUUGUAUUUUUAAUACUUGCAUGUGUUUUCUCAUAUAGUAUUUAUAAGUACUAUUUUCAAAAUAAACCUUUUGGUAUCCCAUUUGUCCUGUCAUGUUUGCAUCUAAUAAUGACCAUACUGGAACUGCAACAUAUGACAGAACAAGUUCCACCGUACAGGCUGUCAUAGCAUAUAGCAGCUUUAUUUAGAAAUGUUUACAUUCUCAUAAAUUAGCUCAGAUUUUCUGUAGAACUCUUAAUUCUCUCAUAUUGCACUACCACAAAUUAAAGGGGGCUUGAAAUAUUUAAGACUUAUAUUUUUUUCUAACACAUGAACAUUAAAUCGGGGGUGGGCAAAUUAAGGGCCAAAGAAGUUCAAAUGACCACACAAAAGGUGUCUGAAAAAGUCUGAAAAUCUACAGAUGACCUGCAACAAAUAAAACUCAGUUGUCUUAACAAAAUAUCUUUCUGCUUAUCAUCAACUAAUAAACUCAGAAAUAAAAGUCUCCAUUUUGUGAUGACAAUGUGUUAACAGUGGAGGUGGGGAUCUCUGGGAGGUCACUUUCUCAGUGGCAGAGGUAACUAGUGUAGCACAUGUGUUAAUGUUCAGGAGAUGACAUACUGCCCCAUCUUACAAACAAUCAGUCUCGACUGAGCCUGGUCUUCACUAUUUCAGGAGGAUUUGGUUUUUUUUUUUUAUGUAUUUUUGACAGGAGUACAACACCUAAUCUGUAUGUGCUGAUGUUCAGGCCCACUUCAUGCACAAAUGUAAACGUAUUCAGACUGCUUUUCAAAACUAGAGGAUUUCUGACACGAACUGCCAUAGUACUCUUGAUGAAUAAUCACACAUGUAGUAAAAGUGUUAACUUAAUAAAAAAAAAAA